AUGUGCAAACAUUGUGCGAAGAAUGGCCCCCUGAUGAUAGCUGGCGAGAAACUCUCCACCUACCUCGAAGCCGAUUCCGCCAAGAAGGCAUGGACCCUCAAGUUCUGUGCCGACCUCGAGGCCAAUCUGAUGAUGAUUCUCUCUCGACGCCUGAGAAGUGACGCGAUGAAGUUCCUCGAUCCCAACCAGAUUGCCCCGGAGGUGAUGGCCGAUCAUUUGAUCAAGGAUAUUGGGUUGGACUUUGACUACAAAGACGAACUUCGCUCCGUUGUCAUUCGUGGCCUGUUGGCGCAAGCCAAGGGGACUCUUUCGGAUGUGAUCGCGUGGGAGGCCAUCUUCAAAGUUGAAAAUGGCAAAGAUGAGAACCUCUUCCAGUGGAGAGUCGGUUUCAUCCUCAACGACAUGACGAGUGUCGAGAACGCGAAGAAGUACAUCAAAGACAAGCGCGCCGAGGAGAACGUCGUCUAUCAGUAUCGGCUGAGGCAGGCCAUGUCGGCCAGAGGUCCUCUCCCCAUCACUACCAACCUUGCUCAGCCGCAGUACACCACCCAAGCUCCUGUUCCAAUGGCUCCAGCCCAGCCAUCGACUGUGUCCCAACCAGCGACUGCGUUCCAGCCGGCACCCGCGCCCCAGCCAUUGACUGUUAACACUCAACGAGCCCAGGGCUUUGUAGAAGGUCUAGAUAGCAUCUCUGCCUCCCAUUCAAGCCUCGACUUCGGGUCUGCCGCCAACCCCAUCACCCUGGACACCGAUGAAGAUGGAGGUCCCUCGCGAUACACCCACGCUCACGCCCCUCGCGUAUCUUCACCUCUGGCUACUGUCUCUCCGUACACUGCUGCUGAUCUAGUCGCACAGCAGUCGGCUGUUCCUCGUACGCGACCUGAGACAGGCUUUCAUCAGCCGAUUGCCAACGCCAACGCACCUGGCAACCGUCAGUCUGCGCCGUCCGCAGCCAAGCCGCCCAAGUGUCGACCCUCUGCUACAUCUACUAGAGCCGCUCGGCCUCCUUCCCGCCGCCGAGGUCGUCGGGCCAACGCCAGCUCAAUCAGCUAG